AAGCUUAGGGAGAAUAAAUGGCUUGAAACACGAUUUUUUUAAUCACAACAAAAAUCCCAUCUCAUUUUUCAUAGCCGAACCAAGGAUACGUGGACCCUCUCCACAAUUUUAACCCAAUCUCUCCUAUAAUCCCCCCGAAUCCGGCCAUCCAAACACCCCCUUCAACUAGCCAACCGGUUUAAACCUCAUUCGAGUUAAACCCCAUUCUUCAGGCAAGCGUCGCUGCUUGUAUUGCGCCGACUGCCCUCUCUCUCUCUAAACUCUGCUAAUUCCUCCGUUGGAGGCCACCAACAAUCACCAAUGGACGAUGAUGCCCCAAAUUCACUCCGUCGCAUGUCAACUCGAACUCGUAGGGUUGCUACAAAAAUGGCUGCGGCACUUGCCAGCAAUGACAAUCGAACACAGGCAGUUCUUGCUCGUCUUGAAGCUUUGGAAAAUGACAAUGCUGGUGCAGAAUUGAUACAGGCUGACGAUGACGACGAUGCAUCUCUCGAUGAGGAUGAUCAAGUAUUCCAGAAGAGGCAAUCGAAAAGCACAAAGCGCAAAACUCGUCAAGCAAAAGCACUUGAGAAUGCUAAGAAGGCCCCAAGAUCUUUCCUUGAGCUCUUGCAUGAGGCAAACCUGGAAUCCCUGCCUCCUCAUGUUCCCUCCUAUUUGAGAGCAGCAGUAGGGCCUCCAAGCUCCACUUCUCGCCGCCAUUUCUGUACUGUUUGUGGAUUCAACGCCAACUAUACAUGUGUUAAAUGUGGGAUGCGUUUCUGUUCAAUCCGGUGCCAGAACAUACACAGUGAUACUCGUUGUCUUAAAUUUGUUGCUUGAUUGGUGAGAGGUUUGAACCAUCCCAAGCUUGCAAAAAUUAUUUGUUGUACUGUUUCAGAAUUGUUAUUUUUGCCAUGUUCUAGAAAUUGUUACGUUUUUGUUUUCAAAGUUUAGGUUUUGUGGGAAACAGGGUUUCAUGCCAUUAUUGCUUAAGUGUAUAAUUGAUCACC